AGCACAGGACCCCUACGUUAUCAUCACCUCGUGUGCGCGCCGAGCAGCGGGACUUGGAGCUGGCCGGUCCCGUGUUCUACGUGCUCUUCUCUCCUUCGAGUAUAACACCAAAGAAGUCUCGAGUUCUUCUUCCUUUUCUUUUCACGUGUGUGUGCGUCGGCUCUUUCGAUUUGCGCUGUCGUGUGUGCUUCUUGCGCCAUCAUGACGCCUAGCAACAGCGACCGGCCACAGCGCUCUUCGAGUCGCUGUCGUGCACUGCGAUGUCGGGUGCUCGUCGUCGCUUUCCUAAUUCUCGCUUCACUCGCUGCAGCAGUCUCGCAGACCACAACGGAGGACGAUGAUGCCGUACGUGUUUUGCUGGCUGCAGGCGACAAGGCACUCGGCCAAGGCCGUGCCCUGUACCAAGAUGCGCUAGCAAAAUACACGGAGGCGCUGACGCGCAGCCCCACCAACGAGCGUGCCCUCUACAGCCGUGCCGAGCUGUAUGUGAUGCUGCGCGAUCGCACGUCUGCGCUGGAAGACCUCAACACGCUGCUCUCCCGCCACCCAGAUCAUCCGCAGGGGUUGGCGCUUCGUAUGUCCAUUCACACACAACUGGGCAACCUGGCCGCUGCCCACCGCGACGGACAGCACUUGGUGACGGUGUACAACGCGCUCGACAAGGCAGCGAAGGCACGCACCGUCGCAGCGCAGGUACACCACCUCGAACACUACACAAAGCGGUGGGCCGCGCUGGCCGACCUGUGGGAGCUGCCGGUGGAAAACUACCCUGCCGCGGCUGGCGAUCCCGCGCAGACGCAGCGGUACGAGGAGUGCAUCGCGCUGCUCGAGAGUGUCGUGAAGGAAUUUGCGCGGGACAGCGUGGAGCUGCGCCUGCGACGGGCGGCGUGUGCAUUGGCGAUCGGCAACAAUCUCAUCGCCUCGCAGGAGCUGAAGUACGUAACGCAGCGCACUAGCAACAACCUGGACGCCAUCGCCUUGAACGCGCAGGCACUGCGGGGGCUGGGGGCACUGGAUCAGGCCAAGGCCGAGGUGCGCCGCUGCCUCGCGUUGGACCCCGAGUACGCCUCGUGCGCGAGCCUGCACAAGCUCAUUCGGCUGCAGCAGCGAUUGACGAAGGAAAUCGCCAGCAAAAUGAAGGACAAGUCUUACGAAACGGUACACGCGCUGAUCGCAGAGGCGCGCGAGGGCGAGGCAAACAGCGCGUACGAAGAGCAGUUGGCGACGUGGCACUGCGAAGCCUUGGUGGGUUUGCGCGACACAGAAAACGGCCUGCGCGUGUGCCAAGGUGUCGUUGACCGCUACAAGGGCGCGAACAGUCCGGUGGUGUUUGACGCUCACAUAUGGUUGGCGGAGUUGCACCUGCUCGACGAUAACAUCGCCGCGGCGGAGGCGGAGCUGCAGAAGGCGCGCGACAUACGCCAAGGCGACGGCAAGGUGCAGGAGCUGCACGCAAAGAUUGAGAACAUCAAGCGCAACGGGGCACGGAAGGACUACUAUAAGCUGCUGGGUGUGAAAAAGACGGCCUCGUCGCAAGAGAUCCGUCGUGCCUACCGCGCUAUCGCCAAGAAGAAUCAUCCGGAUCAGCUGCACUCGCAGAACUUGACCGAGGCGGAGCGCGAGAAGCGGGAGAAGGCGUUUCGCGACAUUAACGAAGCAAAGGAGGUGCUGUUAGAUGACGAGAAGCGUGCCAUGUACGACAACGGACAGGACCCGAACCAGCAGCCGGGACAGGGCGGUGGUGGCAGACCGAACUUUGGCUCGCAGUUCCCUGGCGGCUUCCCUGGCGGCUUCCCUGGCGGCUUCCCUGGCGGCUUCCCUGGCGGCUUCCCCGGGGGCUUCCCUGGCGGCUUCCCCGGGGGCUUCCCUGGUGGCUUUCGUCAGCAAGGUGGUGGUGGUGGUGGUGGUCAGCAGUUUUUCUUCUUCCGCGGCGGCUGA